AUGUCCAACAAAAGAGCCAGGAUCGAAGAUAGAGUUAACUUUUUAAAAGAAGAAAAAUUUAAUAAACCAUAUAAUGUAGGUUUUAAUUUAGAUCCAAAUAAUGGGGAAGAAGAAUAUUUUGAUAUUGAUACGAAAAGGGCUAUUACCAUGGUGGAAACGGCUCUUUGUACUUGUAAAAUUGAUGUCAGUAUUGCUGUUUUUACAAUCUUAAAAAUUCUUUCUUUAAAAUUUGUUUUCAAUACAUCUGAAAAUAAAUUUUUUGUUAAAACCAUUGGUUUCAAGGAUAAAAAUACAGGAAAUGUUUCUUAUGUUUUGGAAGAGAUAAACGAAUCAACAAUUAAAAAUAUUCUUGGUUUAAAUGAUGGAAUAUCAAACAACAAAUUAGAAUCUGUACCUACCGAGCCAAUGACAGAUAAUAUGAUCUAUGAUGUGGAUUUGGUAACCGAUUUGGGUUUAAAUAGAAUUAAAUUUGGUUUAGCAAUUGAAGUUAUGGAAUAUUUCAAAGAUUCAGAGAAUUAUUAUUAUCCAACGGGUAGAUGUGGUUAUACAUAUAGUGAAUGGGAAGAAAUAUUUAUAAGAUGUCAUUUGAAAUCAAACUACAAAGAGAGCACAAAAUCUAUUGAUAUUUUGGGUUUUUUCAGAUCUUCAACACUUGGUUACAGAGUCAAUAAUUUAAUUUAUGAACCACAUGGCGCAUUGGACCAGUGUGAAAUUGUUGAUGGUUUAGAUGAGUGGUCCGGUGCAUUCAAUCAAUUUACGGGUUUCCAUCCAGAGUCGUUUGAACCAAGAAGAGAUGAGAUCGAUGAUUUGGGUUUAAAGGUUGGGUGGAGAAAUGAUAAAAACAUAAUGAAAAUUCUUUUUCAUAUUUAUGUUGUUUGGUGUGAUAGUUAUGUCCCAUUAUUCCAAUAUGUUUUAUCCUGGUUUACAAUAUCUCUAUUUGCUCCUAAUACCAAACUUAGUAAACAUUUAGUAAUUUUCGGUCAACAAGGUUGUGGUAAAUCGUUACCAACAAGAGUUUUAUUAAAAUUAUUCUCUGAUAAGAAUAGUUUCUUUGCUAAUAGUGCCGAAGACGUUUUGGGUCAUUUUAAUCAUCAUUUAAAUGGUCGGUUGUUUGUUGCUGUUGAUGAACUUUCACCUAAAUACUUGGAGCGUGAGAGAUUUAAAUCUCUCUUGACAGGUAGAGAAAUGGUUAUUACUCAAAAAUACAAGGGUAAAAAAAAAGAAAUUAAUAGGCUCAGAUUCAUCUGCUGUACAACCUCAAAUAAAAUCCAGAAAGGUCAAAGUUGUGUUCAAUUAUUAGUGUGCUCUCCAGUCGCAGUCGGUCAAACAAAUUAUUUUAAAAAUUUGCACAAUAGUAUUGAAAAUUUUGAUGUAAAACUUUUCACUCGUAUGUUGUUCGAUGUAUCUUUGGAUAAUUUUGGCAACGGUGGUGUAGAAAUAUCUAAUCCAUCCAUUAAUGCAUAUUCUACCACUUCAAAUGUUAUCAGAUCUAACAGAAAUGAUAACCAGGAUGAUAGUGUUAGUUUAUACAUUAAUAAAUUCUUGAUGUCAUGUAUUCUUGAUGGAGGUAUAUUGAGGGAUGAAAAUAAUAAUUAUCAUUGGCCCUCAAGAUUACCAAUUAGUAAAAUAACCGAGAGAUUCAACCAAUGGAUAUCGGACACUUAUCCAUCAAGUAACGAAGUUAACGGUGAAUUGGUUGCAUCUGAAAAAUCUCCUCAACGUUUGGUUUGUGAAAAUAUUAUCACAAGUAAUAAUUUGAUAACUUAUAUUUAUCAAGCUGGUGGUUUUAAAUAUCUUUAUACCACAUCAGGAAAUAGAUCGUCUAUCAGUCUCUCAAGUAAUGAGUAUCAGUUUGUUUAUGAAUUUUUAAACAAGAACAUUUCUUUAUUCACACCCAAACAAAUUGAUACACUUUGUGAAAGAUAUCUAUCCCUUGGUAUAUCUGAACCAAAUGAAUUAAUAUCACAUUUAACCUUAACUAAACAAAAACGAGUGAACCCUUUUGAAGAAAUUGAUACACAUGUCUUUGAAGUUAUAGAACAUAUUCAUAAGAGUUUCUUAAGAACAAAUGGUGAUAGUACUUAUUUUAAGGGAUGGGGUGAUGAAGUUGAUCCAAUUCUAAAUGUUGAAGUUCCUGGUACAAUGUUACUAAAUGAUCCAUUUAUUAAAACCCAUAGGGAGUUCUUAUCGUCACAAAUUAAUUAA